AUGGUGGUAAACUCUACAGACAUCUCAUAUUUCACACUCAGUGCCUACUUUGACGCUGGUCUUUUUAAGUACUUCUCUCUCAUCAUCAUCAUGUCAUUAUAUAUUUUAACGGUUUGUGCCAACGUCUUCCUCAUCGUGGUGAUCUGCAUGAACAGAAGCUUACAUGAGCCUAUGUACCUGUUCCUGUGCAGCCUGUUUGUGAAUGAACUGUAUGGUAGUACAGGCUUGUUUCCGUUCCUUCUGCUGCAGAUUCUCUCUGACGUUCACACUGUUUCUGCUUCCUGUUGCUUCCUGCAGAUCUUCUGCGUCUACACAUAUGCAAACGUACAGUUUUGUAACUUAGCCGUCAUGUCUUACGACAGAUAUCUUGCGAUCUGUUGUCCUCUGCGAUACGCCGUGCAUAUGACUCACACCGCGGCGGCCACACUCAUCAUGGUAACAUGGUUGUACCCUUUUCUUGCCAUCGUUGUUUUGAUAUCAUUGAGCGCCUCUUUACGGCUGUGUGGGAACAUCAUUAACAAAGUGUACUGUGACAACUACUCCAUCGUUAAACUGGCGUGCUCCGACACCGCCGUCAACAACAUCUACGGAAUAUUUUACACAAUAGCAACAAUUUGUGUUGUGAUUCUGAUCAUUUUCACGUAUAUGAAGAUCCUUCAGGUGUGUUUUUCUGGCUGUAAGCUGAGUCGACAGAAAGCCGUCAGCACCUGCACGCCUCACCUGGCCUCCCUGCUCAACUUCUCCUGUGGAUGUUUCUUUGAAAUAGUUCAGAGCAGGUUUGAUAUGAAGCACGUGCCUCGUAUGUUGCGCAUUUUUUUGUCAUUAUACUGGCUGACAUGUCAGCCGCUCUUCAAUCCUGUUUUGUACGGACUGAAUCUCACCAAAAUUCGCAUCAUGUGUAAAAGUCUUGUUUUUGGCCACAGGUGA